AUGUCUUGUUGUAUUUACAAGGCGACUUACUCUGGUGUUCCAGUAUACGAAAUGCUGUGCAAGGACGCCUCGGUUAUGAGGCGCACUUCAGAUUCUUAUAUCAAUGCAACACAUAUUCUCAAGGUAGCAGGGUUCAACAAACCAAUGAGGACGCGUCUUUUGGAACGUGAAGUGCAACUGGGUGAACAUGAGAAGGUUCAGGGUGGCUAUGGAAAAUACCAAGGUAGCACCUACAUUCCACUCCAAAGAGCGACAGAUCUUGCAAAAAAAUACAAGGUGUUUGACAUGUUACAACCGCUGUUGGAAUUCACAAAACGAGACCAAAGUCCACCAUUCACACCCAAA